CUAUGAAAAAUGAUUCUUUAUAUAUAGUCUCUUCCUAUUUUUCAUCAUUCUCUCUAUUAUUUCCUUGCAUUCAUCAAAGCCAUGAAAACAUUCAACAAAUUUGAAGUUGUGAUGCUCUUUGUCCUUGCUCUUCUCCUUGGGAUCACACCCUUGUUACCUUCUUCUCUGAGGCCAACCUUCCUUUAUUUCAUCUUCAACGUUCUCAUCAUUGCACUAGGAGCAGAAGCUGGUCUUCUCUCAGUUUUUUCCAAGCCUUUAGAAGACACAAAGCAACAUGUUUCUGUCACCCAGAAACCUGUAACUCUCCCAGAAGAGGAAAAGGAAGAAAAGGAAGAAGCUUUCAACAUAACAGGUGGAAGUGGUGCCUCAGACCACAUUGAAAUGAAGGCUAAGGUUGUUGAAGUGCUUGCUUUUGAUGCUUCUGAUGAGAAGAUUGUUGGUGUCAGUGAAGUGACAAAUCUUUUGAUCAUAGGAGGUGGAGAGAAUGAACAGAUAGAUGAGCAAGAGUUGUUUGCCAAAGCUGAGGCCUUCAUUGGGAACUUCUACAAACAGUUAAAGAUGCAGAAAGAGAUCUAUCAGGAAGCCUUUUAGGAAUGCAUCAUUUUUUUUUCUUUGUUUUUAAGAAUAAAUCAUUUUUAGGUUGCUGAAUUGUAUAAACACUGAUUCUGGUUAUGCUUCUGUGAUAUUUUUCUGUCAUGGAUUUGUACAGAUUUUAGGUUAGAACCAUGGAAUAAUGUUUGUCAAUUAUGAGAGAAUUUUA